UGCUUAUACCUAGCUCUACCGCAAUAUCUUGUCACUUCAGGAAAAUUGAGUACAGAAAACGUGAUUGCUCAUUUGAAAAUGUAGAGAAUCUGUACUUGAGUGUGGAAAGUGAAAGCAACUAGUCAUAACUCAUAAAUACUCUCACUCUCUACCUUAUUACAUUUUUGAAAAACCACAAUGCUUAUUUAUUAUUUAUCCAUCUACACAAUCUACCUACCUAGUACUCACACCACCUCAAACCCCUUCCUAUUUUCUUCUUGUUCUCUUCUUCUUGUAGAUGAGCAAUAUGGCUUCUCAUGGUAAGAGAAAGGCUUAUAAAGAUGAAGUGGCUAAUGAUGAUGGUAUUGUUUAUGUUACAUUUACAAUCAAGGGUCAGGAUGGGCGUAAGGUAUUCUUCAAAGUGAACCAGGAUAAAUUCUUGAUAAAAGCAUUCAGAAAAUAUUGUCAACAAUUGAACUUGGAGUAUGAGACCAUGCACUUUAUGCUUGAAGAUUACACAAUUAAAGGGAAUCGCCAAACACCAAAAAUGCUCAAUAUGGAAAACGGUGAUGAGAUAUUUGCCGCAAGACAACAAUCAGGAGGUGGUGGUGCAACUCUGUAAGAGGAUGAAAUGAAAUGGUUAAGUAGUUAGCAUAUUAUUACUUAUGAGAUGUGAAUUUGUUGUGUUGACUAUUGUGGUACAUGAUCACAAAUCUACUAAUUUGCAUGUCCA